AUGUCGAGACGGGCAGUGAUUCGUGGCCCGCUGGGGAAUGAUUGUCGCAUCUAUGUGGGCAACUUACCUCCAGACAUUGGAACCAGGGACGUGAAGGACAUGUUUUACAAAUACGGAACCGUCCGAGAUGUCGACCUUAAAAAUCGUCGCUGGGGACGGCCCUUCGCCUUCGUUGAGUUCGACAACCCACGAGGCGCGCACAACGCGGUGCACGGUCGCGACGGCUAUGAUUACGAAGGGUACCGUCUGCGCGUGGAGUUUCCUCGAAACUACCGUGCUAUAUACGGAGGUGGCAGAGGCCUCCUAGAAACCCGUGGCAAGUCAUCCCGGCGGUCUGACAACAGAGUGCUUGUCUCCGGACUCCCGCCAAGUGGAAGCUGGCAGGAUUUAAAGGAUCAUAUGCGUGAGGCAGGUUAUGUUUGCUAUGCCGAGGUUCGCCGAGAUGGGUCAGGUGUCGUGGAGUUUGUAGGGAAAGAAGAUAUGAGCUACGCGGUGCGCAAGCUAAAUAACACUAAAUUUAGAUCUCACAAGGGAGAAACGGCCUACAUCCGGGUUAGAAUUGAUGAGUCCAGAAGCCCGAGCCACAGUCAUAGCAGAAGCCUUAACCCUAGUAAAAGCUGUAGUCGUAGUAGAAGCUUCAACAGAAGCAACGACAGGAGUCGCAGCUACUCGCCAAGGCGAAAGAGAGGCUCACCAUGCUUUUCUCUCUGUUAUAACAGAUGUUGCCCUCGGACAUAA